AUGCAGACCAUCCAGCUCGGUGCGCUGUCCGAAUUGAAACAGUCUCGCUAUGUGAUUCAUCUCUCAGAUGGAAAACGCUUGGUGCUCUUCCGCCUACCGUCCAUCGAGCCAUCCACAUCCACUACUCGUUUGCGAAAUGAGACAGAGGAUGGCUGGUGCUACUACGCCAUGGAGGCAGAGUGUCCCCACGCCGGCGGCCCCAUGGAAGAAUCUCAUGUCGAUAUCGAAGACUCUGCAUAUGUCGCGUCCUGUCCCUGGCAUGCGUACGACUUCAACGUUGAGACUGGUGAAUCGAGUGUCGGCCUCAAAGCAUGCACCUUUCCAGUGGAGAUUAAAGAUGUUACUGCCGCUCUCAAGUAUCCUAGCGAGGCGUCCUUGGUGCGAUUGGAGCCUGUAAGUGAGAUAAUCAAGUUGAAAAAAGGCGCUGCCUCGAAGCAGGCUCCCGCGGAGCCAGCCUCACUGCCAACGCCUGCUAGGUUCUUGGACGAUGAUGCCACAUUGUGCGACUGGGCGGCCCAUAUUCUGAAUACGGCCAGUCCUGAGCAGAAGAUCGAACUCACCGCUCACUUGUACAACACAUUCACCGAGCGCGAGAAGACUUCAUCUCCCAUGCUUAUUGGUGGCGGAGCGGUGUCGCCUCCUGAUCAGCCACCGCGAGAAGGGUUGAAAAAUGUUGAAUCGCGAUUGAUGCCCCGGCCAGGAAGAGGCGGAACCCUGAAGAGCCGCAUUGCCAUGCUGCAUGCGCUGGCCAAUAUCGAGUUGUGGGCGAUCGAUCUGGCCAUUGACAUCUGUAUUCGGUUUGCGCAAUUUCAAACCCGGCCGCAACCUGGCGGAGCUCCCCGGGAAUUACCUCGAACCUAUUUUCAUGAUUGGCUCAAGGUUGCAAACGACGAAGCCAAACAUUUCUCUCUCCUACGCACGCGGAUUGAAGAGAUGGGUUCCUUCUUUGGUGCUCUUCCCGUCCACCAUGGUCUGUGGGACUCGGCCACAGCUACCGCCCACGAUUUGCGAGCACGCAUUUCUGUCAUUGCUCUGGUACACGAGGCUCGAGGUCUCGACGUAAACCCCAUGACGAUUGACAAGUUCCGUCGGGCAGGCGAUGGUGAGAGUGUCGGCGCGCUCGAGACCAUCCACAACGAUGAGAUCACCCAUGUGACCACCGGCCAUCGCUGGCUGACAUGGAUCUGUGAGCAGGAGGGGACGGAUCCCGUUCAAGUAUUUCGCACCAAUGCGCGCAACCAUUUCCGAGGUUCUCUCAAGGAACCGUUCAACUACGAGGCGAGGAUGCAGGCCGGGUUGGAUCGGCGGUACUACGAAAACCUGAUGGGACAUACUGAUGUGGUUGUCAGCUGA